CUGAUUUCUCCUUCAUAUUCUCGUUGUUAUUAAUACUAAUACUAAUAAUAAUAAUAAUAAUAAUAAUAAUAAUAAUGAUAAUAUUGUUGUUGUUAAACGUCGCGAUCGUGUCGUGGGUCUAAUCACCAGUCUAAUCAGCAGUCUCGCGCGGCUUGUAGCUGAAGGAAAGCCAAAUAGUUUUGAAUGUUCCCUUCCGUCACUGCAACAGGGGAAAGAUCCACUGAGGUCAUCAUUUUUUUUAAUGUGUGUGUGUGUGUGUGUGUGUGUGUGUGAGAGAGAGAGAGAGAGAGAGUCGGACAAAUUGACUGUGGAGCUUUCAUUAAAUCCUAGAUGUUGUUAAGAGGUCAUGUUCUUGUAGAUAAAUGGGCUACAACUCAGCUUAUUUAUUUAUUUAUUACUCGUAAACGCGACUGGUAUAGCUUAAACAUUGGGGCUGGUUGUUUAUAAAUAGCCCAGUAGGCUACCUUCAGCCUAAUAGCUAGUAUUUCGUUAAAUAAAUAAAUAAAUAAAUAAAUAAAUAAAGCGCAUGUGUUAACCUGAUGGAGUUUUUGUUAGUAAUGGAGCUACUCGGAAUGGAUAUGGAGAUGUUGUGGAGAUACAUUCUGCUUUGCUCCUGCAGGUAGUGAGUUGAGCUCAGUAAUGUGUUACUCAGAUCAGUCUCUUGAUGACUUGGUGUUAAUUGUCAUUAGCAUUAAACAACAGGGAUGAUUGGGGUCAGUGCGCGCGCGCGCGUGAGUGAGUGAGUGAGUGAGUGUGUGUGUGUGUGUGUGUGUGUGUGUGUGUGUGAGAGAGAGAGAGAGAGAGCGAGAGAGCGAGCGGUUGGUGUAAGCUACGGCGUGAUUGAAUCGAAUAGCUCUCGGUUUCAUUUCAGUGGCUUCCCAGGAUGCCCCUCAGUCUCACCGGUUAAGACUGUGAUCCACACCGGCACUGCAAUCAUGGAAAUGAAGCUGCUUUAAAUCUUGAACCAACGGCGGAAAACUUUCACUUUUGAAUCAGCGUGAAAUCCUGGAAGGAGGGAGAAGGAAAGAAAACCGAUCCUGUAACUGAGAGUAAAUGUUGCUGUGGGGAUGGUGUUGAAAAGCCUGGUGAAGAUGAUGUUUGUUUGGUGGUGAUUCUUGGUGAUUUGGCGCUUGUUUCCAUUGUGCGAGUGUGAAUUCCUGUUGAACUGAGUGCAAUGGUGUGAUGCCGCUGUCUCUAGCGCGACCUCACUCGGACUGGUGGAGGGAAUCAUGUUCCCACUGAUGAGAAGCGCCUGAGCCUUUUGUUUAGAUUCUGUGCCUGGAGGCAAAUACACUUUUAUAAAUAAAUAGUAUUUUUGUGCAGCUUUGUAUGCCUACAGGAUGCACAACGUGUUUGCUUUUCUUUUCCUUUUUUAACUCCCAUGACAUCUGAUUUAUUGUGCUAUGCAAAAUGAAUGAACUAAUAGUCUAGCAUUGUAUUGUUGAGUCUGUUUGCUUCUUGGUGAAGUCGGUGAUCUGAGAGCACUUUCGCUCCAAGAUCCAAGAUUUUGUUGAUAUUACUCAGCAAUGGGUGUUGCUCUGUUUCACAUCCCGACAUGAUGUUCGGAUGCAAUACAUGCCAUCGUUUCGAGAUCCUGCUGGAAGCUCAUCUGGUAGCUACUGUACAAACAACUGUACCUCUUUAGACAAGUUGUUCUGAGAGAUGGAAGGUGGUGGGGGAGAGUGUCGUCGCUAAAGUGGUGUAACCCAUGGGGUCCCAUGUGUUUUGUCAGUUUCAAGUCCUGGUUUGUGAUGUACUGGAUAGAAAGUGUCCCAGACCGUGGUUGACGCACGAGUCCGGCCCCUCACUCACUCACUCGCCCUCCCUUCCUUCCUUCCUUCCUUCCUUCCUUCCUUCCACCAAGCUGACCCGGUCCCUGAGGAGGUUCUUAGCAGUACUCUAGAAAGAUGCUACCUGUUCUUUAGGAGUCUCUUUAAAUCGAAUGAGUCUAGGGAUUAUAACAACGUCCAUACGGAAGACCUCGCGAUGCGCCUGCACUUUCCUAACUUUGCAUUUCAGAUAUCGAUGCAAAUUGUUCUGUCACCAACGAAGAUUAGGUAGCUUAAUGCUCCCCAGGUAGAAUUUUAUUAAACACCUUGUUCCUGCGUCGACCCGUUUGUUUACCCGAGCUCGUAAAAACCUAGGCGUCUGAUCUUCGGCACUCGAUUAAGCUGUUGAACUUCUCAAUUUGCUUCUCUUAAUUGAGCUGAAUGUCUGCGGUGUCCCUGUUCUAAGCGUUCCUGACAUGCUGUACGUCUGUGUUUCUUAAUUAGCCCUAAGUGACAUGCACGCGUGUGGGGAAAAACGCGUACAAGUUUCAAACGUCGGCGGGAACUCCAGUGGCAAGUACGUCUGUGACAUAAUCUCCUAAAUGGUUCUGUGGAAUGCCUCUGAACCUCAUGAGGUCGAUCGUAGGGUGUUUUUCCAAAGCCGGAUUUUUGUCCUAGGCGUAGUCUCUGUCUCUGUAGCGAGAUCGUCGGCACAUCUGGGUUCGAUAGCACGGCCGUGCUCUGUAAAACGCGUCGCCCUGCCAGAGAAGAAUUCCUGUGGCUGGAGCCAUGGCUUUAUUUAUUUGUUUAACGUCCUCCUUCCCCUCCAUCUCCCUCCCUCCCUCAUGAGUGUACAGGUUACUAUUUGGAAUGGCUGUGUACUGUGUACCACAGGAACAGAAUGUCUCUGGCAUAGCAGAGUGUUCGGUGUUCUGCCUGACUGACUGGAAGCGCUCCUCAGACGGCGUCAGUUCUCGUGGCCGCACCAGCAGGUGGAGUGAUUCUCUUCUUGUCUGAAGGUGGCUGCUUAUAUUACGGGCUUGCGUUUCCAGGAACAUUCACACCUGUGAUUAAGUAUGUCAAUAUCAGCGCUGUGUGCGUCAACAUGCCCCGAGAUCAUCAGCGAUCUACGAAUGCAGAUCAGCACUUUAGCGCCAUGAGUGGGCUUCUCAAGAGGAAGUUUGAGGAGGUGGAGGAGGACCCGUGCUACUCUUCAUCCUCUCCCUCGUCUCUCUCCUCCUCUGCCUACUCCGGCUGGGACUCGGAUGGCGAGAGCUGCUACUCGGACACCCUGGACUCCACACCCAGUAACCCGAGCUCACCGGCAGCGUCAUUCAGCACCACCUCCAUCCUCAAAAAGACCAAAAGACCACGGCGGGGCAAUGUGCAGUUCGAUCAGGUGACCGUCUUCUUCUUCCCCGGUGCCAGGGUUUCACCAGCGUACCUAGCAGAGGCGGCUGCACGCUGGGCAUGUUGCAGAGGCACAGCGCACAGCGCCGCUACACGCUCUGAGUUUGCGAUGGAACAGCGCCACCUACGGCGUGAGAAGAUCAAGAACAGAAUGAAAGAAGAGAAGCUGGAGGCUCUGAAACAGAAGCUUACUAAGAACGGUACCCAAGAAUCCGAAGAGGCAGACCAGCUGACUGUGGACGACAUCCCAGAGGAAGAGAUCGAUCUCAGCGGCGUGAACCUUGACAGUGGGUCAUUCCUCCACCCUUACCCAUCCAAGAGGCGGCAUGCCAUCCUGAAAGAGGCCGGAGUGAAGAAGAUUGACAAGGAGGAGAAGAGGCAGCUGCAUGAGCUGCGCAUGUCACGGGAGGACUGUGGCUGCGACUGCCAGGGCUUCUGCGAGCCUGAAACCUGCAGCUGCAGUUUGGCUGGCAUCAAGUGUCAGAUGGACCACUCGUCCUUCCCUUGUGGCUGCACCAAGGACGGCUGUGGGAAUACAGAGGGCCGCAUCGAGUUUAACCCCAGUCGUGUUCAGACCCACUACAUUCACACCAUCAUGAAGCUGGAGCUAGAAAAGCGUCUAGAGGAGCAUGCUUCUGAAAAUGACGCCACGUCAGACGAGCAGCCCGAGAUGAGCUCCCGAGCCCUCUGUCCAGCAGAGGGCAGCGUUGAGCCUAACAGCUCAAGCUUUCAUUUCAACUCCGAAUUAGCAGCUGCUGGAGAGAACAGCUGUAGUAGUGACAUGACGGACUCUUCUAGUUCUUCGGGUCAGAGCGAGGACUCGGAAGCAACUGACGCACCUCGGAGCGAACAGUCGUCUCUCGACGUGGACGAGAAUGGACUCGCGCAGAUCCUGAGCUUCAGCGACACGGAUAACGACGAAUGCUCUUUACACUGCAGGGACGCCAGCUGCAGUCAACAGCAGAGAAGGACCGAGACGUCAUCUGUAGGAUAUGGCAUCUUCAGCACUGUGGACAACGUAGACAGUGAUGAUAACGCGUGCACACCACAAACCGAUCGUACAGCCCGAGCUGCGGCUGUGUCCGAGCUCUCGGACGAAAACGCGAAUCAAGACGACACUCUCUUUCACAGCGAAUCGGUUCCGAACACCCCGUCUCCUACCAUCGAUAAUUACAUGGACCUGAGCCUCUCCUCGGAGUCCGACUUGGAGUUCUUCGACGGCUUUCCCUGUCUAGGACCCAGCUCGCUGUACAACUCUCUCAAGGAGUAUGAACAUUUGGACAACUUUUUUCAGUUUCAAUUGCCUGCCCACCCCAGCUUCCCACAAGUCAAUGACCAAGGCACCGGUCUCUUGGAGUCGCUCAUCGGUUUGUCAGAAUCUGUCCCAGAACCACCUGCUACUACGUUCACAGACAAUCAGAUGCUGGAAGAAGCCAUGAAGUUGUCCGUGAUGGAGUAUGUAAAAGUCUGAAGCGGUUGGACGUUUAAUUUUAAACACUAUGGCGGGAAAAAAAACGAAGAGAGUAUACAAUUGUAAAUGAAUACAGCUUUAAUGUAAUUUUGUAAUUUAUGGCGGCCUCUAGCUAUCAAGGCUAUCAAAAUUUGCAUUAGUUGCCUUGAAAAUGUUAGCAGUCUUAUUACUAUUAUUAUUAUUAUUACUAUCAUUAUUAUUGCCAUCAAAGUGGCAGCUAAUAUUUCAGUUUAAAGUCUCUGGCUGUCGGUUUAAGAAUAUUUGUACAUAUGGCCAGGAAGGUUGAGCUGAAUUGGUCACCCACAUUGGUGUUACUAAUAUUAUUACUAUUGAUAAGAUUAUUUAUAUGAACUUUACACAGGGCACAGAUGGGAGUCUUUUAAAAAAUGAAAAAAGAAGAAAAUGCUGAUUAUGCACCUCAGGGACUUUUUCUAGCUUUUGGAAGCAAUGUAUUGUGACCAUACAUCGCUGUGAUAGACCCUAUUCGGCUCUUCUGAGACUUUCCACCAAAACUCGAAACAGCAUUUUAAAGACCCCCUGUAGGGUUUCUCCGUCUCCGUCACGUCUGUACGGAAUCGCAAAGCUAGAGGAAGACUCCUCUCGUUCCACAAAACGGCUCAUUGGGAUCUAUAAAUGGUACACGAAUCUCCCCAAAGGCUCCUCAAUUAGCACUUUACCUGUGAAAAUAUCAAUGGAACUCAAGCGGGGGGCGGAUGGGUUGCUGAUGUGUUGACUUCUUUGCGUUCGGUAAAGACGUCGCGCCAUUUUUUUUUUUUUUUUUUUUUCCGUGUUAAAAGUUCGCACAAAAGUUACGCUACCGAGCGUUUUUUUUUUUUUUGUUUUCUUACCAUGCCACGAAGACUUCAGUUUUCAAAAUCUCAUUCAAAAUACUCCUCGUGGAGAAUCCUUGCAGAACUGUGAGAUCUAUUUACCAUUACUACUUUAUGACUCUAUUUAUUCCUUAGGUUUUGAGUUUAUUUAUUUAUCUAUCUCUGAACACCAACUGAGUAUCUGAGCCACUCUGAGCUCUGGAAACGUGAAACGUGCAGCUUCUUGUGUGAGGGUUUUUAGGCCGUUUGUCAACGCUCGAAUCCGUUCGCGGUCGUUAACUCGCGUGAAGCAAAAUUUCUGUUAAGUUAUUUCACGGUUCAUUUCAGUAGUAUACUAAUUUAUUAAAUAGUUGCGCAAUAAAAGAAGAAGAAGAAGAAGAAGAAAAAGAGCGGUGUUAAAAAGUUUACUCUAUGUGCCUGUUAAUCCAAGGAGCCAUGGUUGCUGGUCUAAUGUAAAAAGAGAGUUCUUUUCUAAGUGAUAAGCGUUUAAAAAAAUAAAAAAUAAAAAUAAAAAAACCCCAACCUACCUAUUUCCUAAGAUCAGAAUUGCAUUAUUGCCCAUGAUGUUGCCUACAAUAUAGAGAAUUACACUAAAAAAAUUUUCUAAUUUAUGUAGAUUUGAGAGAAUUCUAAUCUCUAUCAUUGACAAACUAUUUUAUUAAAAAAAAAUAAAAAAAAGGCAAUUUUUGUCACAUAUUGAAACAUUUGUAAUAUAUUAAUAUAGUUACACAUAUAGUUAUACUUCUAAACUUUAUUCUGGCCAGAAGUAAAAGAUUUAUUUCUUUUGUAAUGCCUUUUUCAGUUUAAUUAAGCGAAAUUCGAUUGUACUAGAAUGUUUCGGCAGAAAUGAUUGACCACAUGGACUGUGGAUGAUUAGUUUAAAAAAAAAAAAAAAAAACAAAUCUUUUGGAUAAAUUCUGCAUAUAUUAUGCAAAAGUGUAUUAUAUUAUGCAAGACGUAGAAGAACAAAACAACAGCGUUUGGUUGCCCAUGUCUCAAAGCUAAAACGUCCUCGAUGGAGGAACAUGUAGACAUGAUGUACAUACUCCACCUCCCACCCUUCAGUUUCUAUGACUCGUGUCGACGUUCUAAAGCUAUUGCAUGUGAGAUCGAUUCACACUUUCGUCUCAGUAUAUGAUUUGCAAGCGCAAAACUGCACAAUCGGAACCGUAUUUGCUUUUCGCCUUCGUGUGCUGUUCUUGAAACACAACAUUCAUUUCCAUUCUCAAGAGGGCACUGCUUUCUGCAAGUACGCCGUAUUUCCUUGUAAAGACGCAUCACUCCUUAUGAAGAAACGGAAAAACGAUGGGUAUUUAUUAGGCUUAAUUAUUAUUAUUAUUGUAUGUUUUGAUCUACAAGGCUUUUUUUUUUUUUUUUUUUUUAAAAGUGUUUCUUAAUUUGGUCAUUUAUGUUGUACAUAUUUUUUCAGCUUAAAAUGGUACUACAGAGCAAACUGAGCUGCUUUUUUUAAUUUUAUUUUAUUUUUUUAAAUAUAUUUUCACGCUCAACAGGUAAAAGCUGUUCAUUUUCAUUCAAGUCAGUUGACAGUAGUUUGUCAUUUCAAAAUAAAAGUUCAGCUUUUUCUUA